AUCGUGGUAUCAAACGCUAACUCUGUACAUACACUGUUAUUGUGAAGAGUUUAUACCGGAAGAGUAACUUAAGUUUUUUUCAAAGUUAUCGUGUCGGCGUGAGGCCGUGUACAGGUCCGGUUACUGUCGAUGAGUUUAUACAACUCUUCGUACAUUAGUCGGUAAAUUUAACACCCAGAUUUAGUCUUUGCCCGGUCUAAACUGGGUUUCUUUUUCUUCUUCUCUUGUGUUGAUACCAAAAUGGCUACUUUAUCAGUGAAUUACGGAUUCAACUGCCUGUUGCCUUAAAACACUUUGUUCAGUCUGAGCACCAUGUAAUCAGGGGAAAAAAUAUCACUACACACAAGUCUAGAACCGGUCAGUAACUGGUCAGCAACCAGCACAAGAGUGUCAGGGUGGCUUUGGUUUCAUCCUGCUUGAGAAGCAGGCUGAUGGAGAGCGACUGUCGGAUCCCAGUCGCCUGCUGUCGACCCAGAAUCCUCCUCCUCCAUGCUGUGUUCUGGUGCCUCGUUUCCCUCAGAGUGUUUGGAGCAGCUCUGCUAGGUGAAGAGAAAGCUACAGCAGUAAAGCCUGUGGUCGCCCCAUGCUGGCUGAUAGAGGAGUUUGUAGUGUUGGAGGAGUGUGUCCGCUGCAGCGACUUCCACUCUAGGGCUGAGUCAGCCUGCAGACAGACAGGAUACAUAGAGAAAAUCAACUGCACCAAAUCUAACAAAGAAGAGUUCAAGAGCUGUCGCUCUGCUCUGAUGGAGGAACAUCUCUUCUGGAAGUUCGAGGCAGCCAUGUUGGCUCUGAUGGCUCUCUUCACUGUCCUGGUAGUUGUCCGGCAGCGUCAGCUCGAUCGUCUCGCCUCUGAAAAAGUCCGGCGCCAGAUUGAGUCCAUCUAGGUUUCUGGACACACUGGGACCAGGACCUGGUCUUGUUUUUAUCCUAUAGCAGUAUUUUUAACAGCAAGUGGAAUUAAAACGAAUUCAGCGUUUGGACUGAGGAUUAAAAAAAAAGGACCAUUUGAUGUUUUCAACCUGAACUUUAUUUAAAAUGAGCUGAUAAAUAUUACACGGAAACAGAGCAAGUUUUAAGAUUUACAGAUGAACUCAUCAAUUAACUUUCGUUUUCACCAGUGACUAUUUCUCUGGUACAAUGUCAAACACUAAAACUGUAAAACAUUCUGAUGCUUGAUGAUGACAAACUUUCUAGAUUUAUUUUAGUAUUUAAAGUUAAAUCAGCUAAAGAUAAAAGUAUGACUCAAAGUUUAGAUUUGACAGAAGUUGGACAAAGUGAGCCUCAAACUGAACCUGAACUGACUGGACAGAAGUGAAACUGAAAUGGUCUUGUGAUGUUACAUCCAAUCAGAGUGUGUGCAGCAGUGACGGCGCCUCUGUUAAACCUGAGCUGCAGACUAACGGUCCUUGAUGACCAGGAAGAAUCGUCUGUUUGGAAAUGACAUCACCACAGACAUCAGCACUCAUUUUACUUAUUUCAACUUCACUUCUUCAAGCCACCAUCUUUACAUCUCUGAUCUGAAGUGGUCCCAAAGAGUUUGUUUUGGUUGUUUUUUCCCCAUCGUCAAUCUUUUCACUUUGUAAAUCACUGGAUUAAAUUUUGUCUAAUGCGAUGGAAAAAUGAAGUUAAAUCUAAUUUGUUGUUAUAAUGGGAAUAAAUGGGUUUCAGUUUCUCUUAAAAACUUUAAUCCUGAAUGGAUGGAUUAUUUACAGUGAUUCUGUUUGGGGAAAAAUCUUAAAAAAACAGAAAAAAAAAAAGUCUGGACUACAAUGAUCCUGCUUUUUGUUUUGAAACCUGUCAUCACAACUCC